AUGGAAGUUGCCUUUAAUCAUGCUGGCUUGGGUAGUGAGGCUAUUAUUUUGGAGAGUCAGUAUGGAAAAGUCAGAGAAGAAGACAGGAACAGAAACAUCAAGUGGUAUUGCUGCCAUGGAGGCUACAGUGGGCAAGAAUCAGGUGCUAAAGGGAUAUCUCUCUUUAUUCCAGCAAGGGAAAAACCUUUUGAAUGCUCAGAGUGUGGAAAGAGAUUCAGUCAGAGUGGUGAUCUUAAAAAACAUCACAGAAUCCACACAGGGGAGAAACCUUUUGAAUGCUCAGAGUGUGGAAAGAGAUUCAGUCGCAGUUCCACUCUUCGAUAUCAUCAGAGAACCCACACAGGGGAGAAACCUUUUGAAUGCUCAGAGUGUGGAAAGAGAUUCAGUCAGAGUGGUACUCUUCAAUAUCAUCAGAGAAUCCACACAGGGGAGAAACCUUUUGAAUGCUCAGAGUGUGGGAAGAGAUUCAGUCGCAGUGCCACUCUUCAAUAUCAUCAGAGAACUCACACAGGGAAGGAACCUUUUGAAAGCUCAGAGUGUGUGAAGAGAUUCAGUCAGAGUGGCACUCUUCAAUAUCAUCAGAGAACUCACACAGUAAAGAAACCUUUUGAAUGCUCAGAGUGUGGGAAGAGAUUCGGUCAGAGUGGCGAUCUUAAAAACCAUCAGAGAACCCACACAGGGGAGAAACCUUUUGAAUGCUCAGAGUGUGGAAAGAGAUUCAGUCGGAGUUGCCACCUCCAAUAUCAUAACAGAACCCACACAGGGGAGAAACCUUUUCAAUGCUCAGAGUGUGGAAAGGGAUUCAGUCGGAGUGGCACUCUUCAACAUCAUCAGAGAACCCAUACGGGGGAGAAACCUUUUCAAUGCUCAGAGUGUGGAAAGAGAUUUAGUCGGAAUGGCCACCUCCAAUAUCAUCAGAGAACCCACACAAGAGAGAAUACUUUUGAAUGCUCAGAGUGUGGAAAGAGAUUCAGUCGGAGUGGCGAUCUUAAAAAACAUCAGAGAACCCACACAGGGGAGAAACCUUUUGAAUGCUCAGAGUGUGGAAAGAGAUUUAGCAUGAGUGGCCACCUCCAAUAUCAUCAGAGAAUCCACACAGGGGAAAAACCUUUUCAAUGCUCAGAGUGUGGAAAGAAAUUCAGUCACAAAUCCACUCUUCAAUAUCAUCAGAGAACCCACACAGGAGAGAAACAUUUUGAAUGCUCAAAAUGUGGAAAGAUAUUUAGUGUGAGUAGCCACCUCCAAUAUCAUAAGAGAAUCCACACAGGGGAGAAACCUUUUCAAUGCUCAGAGUGUGGAAAGAGAUUUAGUCAGAGUGGCACUCUUCAGUAUCAUCAGAGAAUCCACACAGGGGAGAAACCUUUUGAAUGCUCAGAGUGUGGAAAGAGAUUCAGUCAGAAUGGCACUCUUCAACAUCAUCAGAGAAUCCACACAGGGGAGAAACCUUUUGAAUGCUCAGAGUGUGGAAAGAGAUUCAGUCGGAGUGGCACUCUUCAACAUCAUCAGAGAACCCACAUGGGAGAAACCUUUUGAAUGCUCAGAGUGCGAAAAGAGAUUCAGUACAAAUGGCAAUGUUAAAUAUCA